AAAUAAAAAAAUUUUCUUUAGGAAAGACAAUUAACAAGAAUAAUUAUUGGAUUUGUGUUGGAAAAGAAAAUGUAAUUCACCUGAAAGACAAAAUGCGCACUGAACAAACUAUAUUUGUGUUAAAGAAAAAAGUGCAUUGGUGCUGAAAAAAGUGUAUUGGUGCUGAAAAAAGUGUAUUGGUGCUGAAAAAAGUGUAUUGGCCUCGAAGAAGAGUUUUUUUUGGAUUAAAGAAAACAAUGCUUUUGCAUUAGAGUAAAAAUUGGAAAUAUUUUACCACCGAAGAAGGAAAAGCGAAGAAAGCGGCUUCUGUCUCUUUGAUAAUGAAGUCUCUGAAAAUAUAUAUAUAUGCUCCUUCUCUAUUUCUGCUUCUCUGUGUGUGUAUUGUUUCGUUCCAGUGGUAUCUUGAGUUUGUAAUUACCAGGUAAUCCAGGCUGAGUGAGCAUGAGCAACCUGAGAGCACAGGUCCUGGCCGUGGUGCUCAGCCUCGUCGUGUUCACUCUGUGCUUCUGUUUUAUAUACAAUGGCACAGAGAGCUCCCUCCUCAGUAAACCCAUCUUUCAAACCCUCACUAACUCACUGCCAGCGGCAGUGUGGGGGACACGACGCCAGGAGACGGUAGAGGGAAGAGGUGAGGAUACUGACCAGGCAAGCGUUGAGGAACAGCACCAGGCAAGUGGCGAUGACAAGGACCAGGCAAGUGGCGAGGACAAUGAUCAGGCAAGUGGCGAUGACAAGGACCAGGCAAGUGGCGAGGACAAUGAUCAGGCAAGUGGCGAGGACAAUGAUCAGGCAAGUGGCGAGGACAAGGAUCAGGCAAGUGGCGAGGACAAGGACCUGGCAAGUGGCAAGGACAAGGACCUGGCAAGUGGCAAGGACAAGGACCUGGCAGCUGGCUUGGACAAGGACCAGGCAAGUGGCGAGGACAAAGACCUGGCAAGUGGUGAGGACAAGGACCAGGCAAGUGGCGAGGACAAGGACCAGGCAAGAGAUAAGGACAGGAAACAAGAACAGAAACCAGGCAAGAAAGGAAACGAGAACAGGAACCAGGCAAGGGGUGAGGACAAGAAAAAGGCGAGAGGAAAAGAUAACAGGAAGCAAGCAAGAGGUGACGACAAUAAAAAGAUGAGAGGAAACAAGAACAGGAACCAGUCGAGAGACGAGGGCAAGGUGCAGAGGAGAGGAGACGAGGACAAAAACAAGGCAAGAGGUAAAGACAAGAACCAGGCGAGAGGUGAAGACAAGGACCAGGCGAGAGGUGAAGACAAGGACCAGGCGAGAGGUGAAGACAAGGAACAAGUGAGAGUACACGAGGACAAAGCUGGGUCCAGCAAGACCUAUGGACAACUGCAUACACACACACCUGCUGAGAACCAGACCUGGAAAAUUAUAUUAUUCUGGGACCAGUGGUUCGGGGGCGACUGGUCCAACAGGUUCGGGACCACCACCUCGUCAGGUCUUCGGGAGGAGGGGUGUCCCUCCUGGCGUUGUAACUUCACCUACGACCACUCUCUGCUUGGCCAGGCACACGCAGUCCUCUUUCGCGCACUCGCGUACCCAUGGGAGUCACUACCGACGCAGAGAGUACCGAGGGAGCAGCGGUGGGUGUUGGUGGACGUAGAAGCUCCCCCCAGCCAGGCCUUCUCCAGGCAGGCCAGUUCUCUCCUCAACUGGACCAUGACUUACCACACACAGUCUGAUGUGGUCGCAUUCAACGGCUACUUCCUCUCCCUCGGAGCCUCCUUAAGACCUUUACGACCGAAUCAAAUGAGCGAACACGGGGAAGCUGUAGGACGUUUAAAGAAGGCGCUGGCGAGGGGCGUCACACUGGAGGAGGUUCUGGGACCCUCCUGGGUUACUUACGUCAACAAGCCCCGCGUGGUGGCUUGGAUGUCUGGCCACUGCUCCACCAGGUCCAAGAGGGAGCAGUACGUAGCUAAACUGAAGCAGUACCUCUCUGUGGAUACGUACGGGGAGUGCGGACGUCUGAAAUGUGGGCCGAAGAGUAUCAUGGGAGGCGCCUGCUGGGUGAAUGUGAUGCAACCUAAUUACUCUUUCUACCUGUCCAUGGAGAACGCCUUCUGCGACGACUACAUCACGGAGAAGCUCUACAAUCCUAUCGUUCACAACAUUGUUCCUAUCGUGUGGGGCGGAGCGAACUACACCAGGUACCUGCCUCCUCACUCAUACAUCGACGCCCGUAGAUAUCACCCCAGCGAGCUGGCUGCCCUCCUGCUACGUCUUCAUAACGACCCCGUUGCUUACGGAAGGUACCACGUGUGGAGGGGGUUCCUGCGUCCCUUUCUGAAGGGCAGCCUCUGUGAGUUGUGUCACAAGGUGCACACUAACACAACCUUUCACCACUACCAACACCUGCCAACCACCAGACGUCUCAGGGGACGCUGUACUGUUGUUCCAUCUCCACUCUUCAACCCAGACCAUCCAGACUCCUGGAAAGCCUACAUCACUACUAAUUAUACAGAUCUAAAUAGAACUAGGAAAGCCUACAUCACUACUAAUUAUACAGAUCUAAAUAGAACUAGGAGAGGAUCGGCACCACUCCUGAAGACUUAGAUAUUAACUCAACGAAAUAGAAUAUUGCUGACAAGUACGGAGAUAAAGACAAGUUGCAGAACCCUAAAAAGCUUUAGACAGAGAUAAGGGUUGCCCCAGUGGGAGCUUAGAAUGCAGUUUGUGUCUGCCUUCACACGUAGACAUUAAUCCAUGGAUUUAAAUUGUUUUGGGGAAUUGUUGGGUUAUCAUAGGCCAAGUAUAUCUAACAAGUACAUAUCUAACAGAAUUUUUCAAUUAUAAAUGUAAUUUACCUGUAGGUAUUCUGUUAGUAAGUUCUUCACUCACAAGUUGUGUAAAGUAAACAACUUACUAACAGAAUGCUAUGAUUUAACUUCACAUGCUCAUAAUAAUUUCAACUCAAAAUUAAUCCAAAACUCUAUAUGUAUUAACUGUACAGCGGUACAGACUUCAAUGCCACAAUAGUUAUCAGAUAACACUGAUGGUUUCAAUGUUAGGACACUGCUAGUCAGUGAUCCUUGUUUUCCAAAUGGGGAUAAAACCCUAGCUGUAUAAUAAUAUAUCUUUAUUUCUAUAAGUACAUGUAUAUGGUAUACAGGCCUAGCUGACCUUUAUGACAUACUACUAUAUAGAAAGCCGAUUGUUAUGCUGAGCAUUUCGGGCAAAUUAGGUCAGUUUUGUCCCAGGAUGCGACCCACACCAGUCGACUAACACCCAAGUACCCAUUUUACUGAUGGGUGAACAUAGGUAACCGAUGUAAAGAAACACGCCCAAUGUUUGUACCCUCGCCGGGAAUCGAACCCGGACACUCACCGCGUGAAGCGAGAGCUUUAGCCACCAGGCAACGGGGUAGGGUAGGCCAGCUGGUGCUUCAUCGCUGAGCCAGUCAUUGUCUGGCUUUGAUCGUGUCAGAAGACAUUUGUCCUGUUUCCUGAUGAACAAAACACCACCACGAUUAUCCAGAAUAGAAUCACUCCCCUGAACGACGCUGCCUGGACUUUCUACUCAUUUCUCCUCUUCAAAGGGGGCUCCUUGUUGUGGUGAAGAGGCUCUUGGUCUGAGGAGUCAGACCUGUCGGUCUCCUUCCUCAGACCGAACCUAAUUACCCCCCAAUCCCCCCCUCCUUAUCCCAUCCUCCCCUUUUUCCUCUCCUCCUCCUCCUCCCCACCCCUCCCUUUUGCCCUUCCUCUUUUUGGCCUUUGGGAUUUCUCCCACAGGCGCGCUAGUUCCUAGGUAGGGGAAAGGAUACCGGGGUCCAUCUCAUUCCGUUGAGGUUCUUGGCGGUGGCAUAGUUUGCUGUGGAAUCUGGAUCGCCUGGGGAUGUCCCGAUCCCUCUCCGGUAUCCCGGAGUAGCUUUGGGUGUCUUUCGGGCGACGGGUGUAUCUCUGGAAGCCACCUUUCAGAUUCCGGGGGUGGUGGCCGAAGGAGGUAUGCUUUGUGGCGGAUAUCCGGCCGCCCUCUCUUUUGUCCACCGAGGUAGCUCGGCAGAUGUGAGGUUGCUAUCCCGGAUUGCUGGUUUACUGGCAUGAAGGGUAGGGUAUGGCACGGGUUCCAUGCUGCACCUGCGCUACUAGCGGUGCUGAGGUCCUCUUGGGUGCAGAGGGAGAUUUCCGGCACUUUCAUUCCUCCUGGGAACUAUUCCUAUCCACUCCCCCCUUUUUUUAUUCUUUUUUUAUUUUUAUUUUUUUUCCUUUCUUUUUUUUUCUUAAAAACAAAAAGCAAAUGAGUAACCUAACCAUGGAGAACCCAAUCCAUGAACCCACUACCCCCGGACCCCUUCUUGAUACCGCACCCCAUUCUGACCCUGCCUUGUUUUUAGACCACUCUUCAGACACUCCUGAUGCCCCUGUACCUCUUGCUGGUGCUGUUUCCUCACCUGCUUCAGGUACCGGGGCUUCGACUGACUCCUUCGAUUUGUUUGACCUCCGCUCUCCUUUGACUAUGCUUCCAGCCUCUCCCUCUACGGUACGGCAAUUUUUGAAUCGCCAGCCCAUUUCACGCCAGACCAACUCCGGUCCUACUCCUAAACGCCAACGUCAAUCUCCUGAUGAUGCUCCUUCGUUACCUUCCCAUUCUACUCGGAAAAGACCGACACGUCAUGCACUCCCUCUCCACGCUCAGUUCCGGACCACACAAUGGACUAAAUUCUUUACUUUAAGACCGACUUCUUCUUGCCUAC